CGGGACAAGUCGGUCUAUAAAUAGGAGAACCGACUUCUUUAAUUCAUGAAGGGAGAGAACCUAACUAACGCUCUGCAAGUUUUGAAAACCAUUUUUUCCUUUUAGGGAUUUUCAGGGCUGGUUUUCAAAAGGGAUUUGGAAUGCAGCACGAUGAGGGCCUGGGUUUCCGUUUCUAGGGUUUGCAUUUGUAAAGAGGCGGCAGAAGUGGAAGAAGCCGCCAUUGAUUUGCUGUGGAGAAAUGGAGUUAUAAUUCUGCGGGACGGAAUGGUUUGCCUGGGGUUGUCUUUGAGGGAUGUCAUGGAUGACGGCUGAGGCAAAUAAAUGUGAAAAAAGAUUUCUUCCUUAAAGCAGCUGCUUGGAGCCGGAGAUUUGAAGAUUUGAGAUCUGAUUGUUGCUGAUUGUUGUUCUCUGUGAGAAGUAGAGCAAUUUGGGGAUAAAAUGGAGGCGGCUCCGAAAGCAAAUGUUUUGAUGGGGAAGUAUGAAUUAGGGAAGCAGCUGGGGCAAGGAACCUUUGCCAAGGUUUAUUAUGCUAAGAACCUGAAGACAGGCGAAAGUGUGGCGAUUAAGGUCAUGGACAAGGAAAAGAUUAUGCAGAUCGGCAUGAUUGAGCAAAUAAAGAGGGAGAUUUCUGUCAUGAGACUGGUUCGGCAUCCGAAUAUUGUUCAGCUCUAUGAAGUCAUGGCGUCCAAGACAAAGAUUUAUUUUGUUAUGGAGUAUGUUAAGGGAGGAGAGCUGUUUAAUAAGGUUCAGAAGGGUAAAUUGAAGGAGCAUGAAGCAAGAAAGUAUUUCCAGCAGCUCAUUAGCGCAGUGGAUUUCUGUCAUAGCCGAGGGGUUUAUCACAGAGAUCUCAAGCCUGAAAAUCUGUUACUUGACGAAAAUGGAGAUCUGAAGGUUUCCGACUUUGGUCUCAGCGCUUUGCCCGAGCAGUUCCGCCAGGACGGGCUGCUCCAUACGACCUGUGGGACGCCGGCCUACGUGGCACCCGAGGUGAUUGUAAAGAAGGGCUACGAUGGUGCAAAGGCCGAUAUCUGGUCAUGUGGCGUCAUCCUGUUCGUCCUCAUGGCGGGCUAUUUGCCGUUUCAUGACGCCAAUCUUAUGGUCAUGUACAGGAAAAUUUACAAAGGGGAAUUCAAAUGCCCGCCGUGGUUUUCAUCAACGGCGUUGAAGCUGAUUUCGAGUCUUCUAAACCCUAAUCCAAAGGGGCGGAUGACUAUACCGCGGUUAAUGGAGGUGCACUGGUUCAAAAAGGGUUUCAAACCUCCGCGGCCGGCUGUGCAAGAUGACGAAAUUGACCUCGUUGACGUGGACUCUGCCUUUGGAUCGUCUUCGCCGGAGGAAUCACAGCCCAAGCCAGCAGAGUCCAAACCGACUUGCCUGAAUGCAUUCGACAUAAUUUCCCAGUCGCCGGGUUUCAAUCUCUCCGGCCUCUUUGAAAAGGAUAAUGUGAGGAAGGCUGAAUCGCGCUUCAUGUCGACGCAGCCGGCCUCUAGCAUAAUUUCCAAGCUUGAGGAAAUCGCAAAGCUAUUCAGAUUCAGCGUGAAGAAAAGAGGCGAUUCCAGGAUGAAGAUGCAGGGGACUGUGCAGGGGAGAAAGGGGCACCUGGCAAUUGCUGCAGAAAUAUUUGAGGUCACCCCUUCUCUGUUUGUUGUUGAGGUCAGUAAAGCUGGAGGUGACACGCUGGAAUAUAAUAACUUUUGCAGUCAGGAGCUCCGGCCUGGCCUCAAAGACAUCGUCUGGACAUGGCAUGAUGAACAAUAGCACUUUUGUUUUUUUGGUUUUCAUUUACUUCACUUUUGUAUAGCAAAAAAUAUUUCAUUAUACUCUGAUUUAAUUAAUGGGGUAAUUUUGAAUC